CGACGAUCUCAAGAACUACCCAAAACACACAAGUAAUAUCCAAAUAAAGAAGUACAACCAAACAAAGUUUGAAGGAGAAAUGAUCACAAAGUCGCAGUCGAACAAAUCCACCUGUGAAGCUUCGACUUCCAAGGCCUGGUCACACGGUCGCUCCAAGGCGCCGGUUCGAGAGGUGGACGGACUGUCAAUACUUCAUCUUCAUCUGUUCUGGCCCCACGAUCAUAGGUGUGUUCUCGACCAUGAACAUCCCACUGUUCCCACACCUGCAGCACACUGCGGUCGCCUGCCAUCACCGAUCCACUGCCUACUUCGUUCAAGCCCUCACCAAAACAACCGACUACCAGCGCCUACCCCUCAUCCAACUCGUCCCCCAUGACAACUGGUGCAAAGAGCCGAGAGAGGAGAUCC